AUGUUUCCUCGUCCUGCGCUGUACGUGGCCCUCGGGCUCUUGAUGGUCGUUUCCAUCAUCGAGUUGUCGUUUAUUUCGGCCAUGGUUGGAUGGCUCCACGGUACUGCGAGCGGAACUUUUACUUUCAGAUACAAUGGCGCGGAUCACCAGCUCAAGGGCGAACCAAAGAAUUUCAUUGUCGACCAGGGCCACACCAGCAAUGGCGCAGCAGGCACGGCAUUUGUCCUCAUCGGCUGCGGAGGAUCCCUGGUUCUCUGGCUGCGAUCUCGACCGAACCCAAACAAAUUCAGCAUCGCGUUGUACUACGGCUGGCUUGUCGCAAAUGUUCUCAGUCUUCUUCUCGUCCUCAGCGCCCUCAUUUACGUCUUUGUCGUGACAAACGACCACAACGGCCAGAGAAUCGACCCCCGCGUCGCUGCCGGACUCGACACCGGAGAGAAAUACCCUCUCCAAUCGUGGACACCUCAGAAUUGGUAUUCGGCAAUGCUCAAACUUGACCUGCCCGAUUCGAGCCAGAGAGAUGACAUCGAGAGCCACCUCCGUAUCAUGCGAGGAUGGCAAUACAACCUCAUCCCCUUCUUCAUCAUCCACCUUAUCGAGACUUGCCUUGCACUGUGGGACGGUGCGCAGCGACGGAAAGAGCACGCCUACAGCCCUCCCACUCACAAAAGCUCUGUUUAA